AUGGCCGCGCCGUCCCCCGCCGCGUCCCUCCUGCUGGUCCUCGUCGUCGCCGCCUCCGCGGCGCUCGCGCCGGUGGCCUCCACGGUGCCCUUCAUCGUCCUGCACGGGAUCGGGGACCAGUGCGGGAACGACGGGAUCGCCUCCUUCACCGAUGAGCUCGCGGAGUGGUCGGGAUCCAAGGGAUACUGCAUGGAAAUUGGGAGAGGAUCAUGGGAUUCUUGGUUAAUGCCACUUCAAGAUCAGGCAAAUGUGGUUUGCAAGAAGGUAAAGGAAAUGGAAGAACUUCGUGAAGGUUACAGCAUAAUUGGCCUUUCUCAGGGGAACUUAAUUGGGCGGGCAGUAAUUGAGUACUGCAACGGUGGGCCACCGGUAAAGAAUUUCAUCUCAAUUGGGGGUCCUCACGCUGGUACUGCUUCAGUGCCACUUUGUGGUUCUGGUUUUCUUUGCGUUCUUGUUGAUGUGCUGAUUCAACUGGAGAUAUAUUCAAACUAUGUGCAGGCACAUCUUGCCCCUAGCGGUUACCUAAAGAUUCCCACUGAUAUGACAGAUUAUUUGAAGGGUUGCAAAUUUCUUCCGAAGCUUAAUAAUGAGAUACCAAGUGAAAGAAACAUUACAUAUAAAGAAAGAUUUAGCAGCUUGGAGAACUUGGUACUGAUCAUGUUUGAGGACGAUGCAGUCCUGAUACCUCGCGAAACGGCAUGGUUUGGUUAUUAUCCUGAUGGCGCCUUUAAUCCAGUGCUUCCUCCUCAAGAGACAAAGCUAUAUACCGAAGACUGGAUCGGCUUGAGGACUUUGGAUGAGGCUGGGCGUGUUAAGUUUGUGUCGGUGCCCGGAGGUCACCUCCGCAUAUCAAGGAGCGACAUGAAGAAGUACAUAGUGCCUUAUUUGACACCGUCAUGUGGAUCAUCCAAGCAGAGUAUUCGUCGAAUCUUGUCAUACUGA